UUGUCAACUCAAGCAUCACUCACUCACAAGUCCUAUGGCAGCUUCUUGCUUUGUUACAUCAACUGUGUUCUUCCCUUCCCAAAUCAACAACAAUCGCUAUACUUCAACUACUCACAGUACCCGAGUCUUUUGCAAGAUUACAAAGACAAAAGCAAAACAACAUUGUGAUGAUUCAAAGGUUGUGGUAAGGAGAUCAGCAGACUACCAACCCAGCGUCUGGGAUGACAAUUACUUACAAUCAUUGAACAAUGACUUUAUGGGAGAGGCACACAAAAGAAGAGUUGAGAAUCUGAAAGGAAAAGCAAGAAUUUUGCUGAAUAAUGCAGGGGGCCCGUCGCAUCAAUUGGAACUUAUUGACACUUUACAAAGGCUUGGAUUGGGUUAUAAUUUCAAAUUGGAGAUAGAGACCAUACUACAUAACAUCUACUCUAAAACUAAGACCAAUCAUCUUGGAAAUCUCUAUGUCACUGCUAUUCAAUUUAGACUCCUCAGAGAACAUGGAUAUCAUGUUCCCCAAGAGGUAUUUGAGAAUUUCAAGGACGAAACAGGCGAUUUCAAGGAAUGUGUUGGUGGCGAUGAUGUAAGGGGAAUUUUGAGCUUAUAUGAAGCAUCAUAUUACUCUGUAGAAGGGGAGAGUAUUAUGGAGGAAGCAUGGGACUUUGCUACUAGACAUCUCAAAAAACUAGAUGAUGAGAGAGUACUAGAUGGCCGCGAUCCGAUUCUGGCAAUGCAGGUAAGGCAUGCCUUGGAGCUUCCACUACACUGGAGGCGAACAAGAUUUGAGGCAAGGUGGUUCAUAGACUUGUAUGAGAAAACAAAUGACAUGAACCCAAUGUUGCUAGAGCUUGCGAAGUUGGACUUCAACAUUUUGCAAGGCAUGUACAAGGAGGAACUCAAGGACCUCUCAAGGUGGUGGAAGAAUUGUGGUUUGGUAGAGAAAUUGAGUUUUGCGAGGGACCGGUUGGUCGCAUCGCACUUGUGGGCAAUUGGGAUUGCUGAUGAGCCUCAGUUUGCAAACUGUAGGAAAGUGAUUACAAAGGUGAUUGCACUAAUCACAGUGAUUGAUGAUGUUUAUGAUGUCUAUGGUACCUUGGAUGAACUCAAACUCUUCACGGAUGUUGUUGAAAGGUGGGACAUUAAUGCAAUAAAACAGCUCCCUGACUACCUCAAAAUAUGUUUCUUUGCCCUUUUCAACACUGUCAAUGAAAUGGCUUUCGAUAUUCUGAAAGAACAUGGCCUUGAUGUCUUGCCUAACCUAAAGAAAGCAUGGAUAGAUUUAAUGAAUGCAUACUUGGUAGAGGCAGAAUGGUUUCAUGGCGGAUACAAGCCAACACUGGAAGAAUACAUGAACAAUGGAGUCUUUUCAAUCACUGGACCUUCAAUCACUUCUCAUGGAUAUCUCUUUUCAGCAAAACCCAUACGAGAGACCGAUUUGAAUUUCCUCGAAAACGAUCCAGAUUUUGUUCGCCAUUUUUCUUGUAUCUUUCGGCUUCAAGAUGAUUUGGGAACUUCAUCAGAUGAACUGCAGAGAGGCGAUGUCCCGAAAUCGAUCCAAUGCUACAUGAAUGAAACUGGUGCAUGCGAGGAGGACGCCCGCAAAUACAUUAAGGAGUUGAUGAGAAAGACAUGGAAGAAGACCAAUGCUGUAGACUGUGUAUUACCUCAAUCUGCCAUUGUUGUAAUGUCAAAUCUUGCCAGAACCUCCCAUUGUAUGUAUAGGUAUGGUGAUGGUCACGGCGUUGAAGACCAUGUGUCCAAGACUCGAGCCUGUUCAAUGCUUUUUGAGCCAAUUCAUUAGUAGUUUAGUACUUUUGGGGGGUCCAUCUUGGGUUGCCACUAGAUUUCAGUUUUCUUCUGUGGUGGUUUUUGUGUACAUUUUCUGUUUCUGUUAGAGACAGAGAAAUCAGUGCAUUAUUUUCGUUGGUACUACAUCAUUUUGUUAC